ACGGAUCGAGAGAGAGAGGCAUCAGUGGAGGAAGACAGGGCGGACGUGUUGCAUCGUUGUCGCGCGUCCGUAGAAGACAAGUGAGAAGGGGGACGAUCGAACGAGAGGGUUGGCCACGACGAACGAUUCGCGAACGAUAAAUUUCCCGAUCCUGUUUGUGAAAAGGAAGGAGAGAACAAAAGAAAGAAAGAAAGAAAGAAAGGAGAAGGAGAUAAAGAGUAAAAAAAGAGAAGAGGAGGAUAAAACAUUAUCAAAGAUAUAGACGAUAAUCGAUUAUUUAACAAGAGAGGAAGAGGGAGCUCUCCGUUAUCUAUUUGUCUCUUUCUCUCUCUCUGUGUCUCGCUCUCUCUCUUUCUCUCUCUUCCUUCGUAUCUCUAUCUUUCUUUCUCUCUUCGGUGAGCGAUCGGUUCGCCGAUCUACAUACGUUCUACCGGAUACGGCCAAUGAAGGCACGUAAGAGCCGCGAGAAACGUAAGUUCACCAAUCUCAGGGCCAAGAUCGUCCGUAAUCCGUGGUGCGUUAUCAGCGUGGUGCGCGAUCGCAGCUAGGACAUUCGACGAUGUCUCUCCUCCUUGAUGAUCGUCCUCGAGAAGCCGCGGAGUGAGGAUUUCUUAUCCCGCAAAAAGAGAACGAACGAAACGAACUUUUCCACAUUCGCAUUUUCCUUCCCUCUUUUCCUGUUUUUCAUUAUAUAUAAAUAUAUAUAUAUCUCUCUCUCUUUCUCUCUCUCUCUCUCUCUCUCUCUCUCUCUUUCUUCGUUCCUUUUUCUCCCUUUAUUUUUUAUUCAUCUCGUUCGCUCUUACUAGCUGCAAACGUAAUUCGCCGAGGUGCGUCAGCGCCAAGAGUCGAUGGAGAUGCAGCGCCAAGAGGGAGAACUUGAAGAACUCGGGGGCGUUUUAGGGGGUUCUGGAGGUGGCACCUUAACCUUGGGGGGACGUCACAAGCCCGAGGAAUUGGCAACCUUAGCAGCUAACACGAGAUUUUCAAGAAAAGAAAUACAAUUGAUCUAUCGUGGAUUCAAACAAGAAUGUCCUUCCGGAUUGGUCGACGAGGAAGCUUUCAAACAAAUCUUCUCACAAUUUUUUCCACAGGGAGAUGCUAGCCAGUACGCUCAUUACGUGUUCAACACUAUGAAGAGGAAACAUUCCGGUAAAAUAAGUUUCGAGGAGUUCCUGACGAUUCUAUCAAAAGUAUCUAGAGGUUCGGUGGAGGAAAAGUUACAGUGGGUUUUCGGAUUAUACGACUUGGAUGGCGACGGUUUGAUAAGCAAGGAAGAAAUGAUGGACGUCGUUGGGUCCAUUUACGAAAUGCUGGGUCGUUAUACUCAGCCGCAGAUAGUCGAGCCGCAUUUGGCUGCACGCGAACACGUCGAUCGUAUCUUCCACCUAAUGGAUGCGAACAAGGACGGCGUGGUAACUAUCGAGGAAUUGGUGCAAUGGUGUUCUAAGGACGAGCAAUUAUUGCGAAGUCUCGAUACUCUUGACACAGUCUUGUGAGAGUUUAACAUUACUUUCAUAUCUUUUCCAUUAAGUUAUCAAAAGCUUUUUCAUUUUCUUCCGCGAUCGAUAAUAUACAACAUCUGAAAGAGUUUCAUAAGUCCCAUUUAUGGAAGACGACCGUUCUAUCUUAAAUUCCGAUAAUAUUGUAUCUUUGAAUUUCUUUCUUACUAUUUCGAUAUAUUAUGAAAAAAAAAGAAAAAAAAAAGAAAAAAAAAGAACAGUGAUUUUUCACUUAAUUAUUAACAUGCAUGAAGAAUAGAUAGAAGAUGUAAUAGAAGAUUACCUGUAGAAAAAAAAUGUAUAUUUCGAGUGAACAUGGCUAGUAUAAACAAGAUCGUGUCGUAAAACCUUAAAGGCAAUCAAAUCAUUGAUUUUUAACGUUUCAAAAUAGUCGUUGGUAAAAUAUAGAACGGUACGUCUUCUGGAAACGAUACUAUGAAAACUAUUUCCAUGCGCGUUUGUAAAUAUGUAUGUACCUACCCUACCUACCCAGUCUUUCAACCGUGCCACGUCAGAGUACGAUAAUCGACAUUAUCGAAACUUUCAGCGGACAUCCUUCAAGUAGCGUGUCACACACUUGUAACUUUAUUAAUAUAUAGAAACUGCAUUUUACUCGAACGUAACUUCCACGAUUCAUGAUUAUCGAUGAAAAUUUAGGUAGACGAAUUUCUUAAAACUUUAAUUUAAUUAUAUCGAUCGAUCGAUAUAUCGUAUUCUUUAUUUUUUAAUUAAUUAUAAUCAAUCGAAACAUAUCUUUAACGCUUUUUCUAAUUUUCAUCAAGUUCGACGUAAUUUAUUCUUUAGCUUUCUAUACAUCGAUUUACAAACGUACGAUUUUUAUACUUUUUCAUAAAUUUUAACUUAUAUUUAAAGCUUUGAAAUGGCUGUCCCGAUGCAUAACCAUGACAGAAAAAUUCAAAAAAGUAAAAUGAAAAAAAACAAAAGAAGAGAAACGCGAACGGAUUUUGAUAUUAAAAACAUCAAAAGUGGAAGUACGUGAUAUCAAAGCGCUGAUUUCGCCGAAGAUAAUCUUAGGAAUUAAUAAUGGUGAAACCACAACAAAAUGAAUAAAAGGAAAUUAGAUUUUUUCGAUGCAACAAUUUUUCCUGGGGCCUUUUAAAUGCUAGUUAUGCUCGUUAAAAUGAAAAAGAAAAAGAAAAGAAACAUCUUCAUUCGUAUUUUAAAAUGAAAUCUUAGAGAAAUUCUCCGUGAUCAUCUUUAAACGGAUUUUAAAAAAUAUUCCUCACUAAUAAGUGAUUUUAUUCAAAAUUAUAAACCUAUUAGUGGGCAUAUAUGUCUUAUCUAAAGGAUAAAAUGAAGAAAAAAGAAGGGACAUCCCAACGGAGACAUGGUCAUAAUGCGACUACAUUUCUUAAUCGUUUCAAAUGAAUUUCGAAUGAAAUUCGUAUUAACGUAAUCACUAUCUAAUUACGUUGGGUGUCUCAUGUUAAACUUUGCAAUAUGAAUGGAUAUUGUAUAGUACCUUGGUAGUCUCGACCAAAUAAAUGAAGCGUUAGCUACAACGAGCUAACGCCUCGUGUGAUUCUCCUGUACCUUAUUUAUUUACUUACAGAUUUUAAAAUACAAUCUAUCGAUAUUAUGACGAUGUUUAUUAUAUUAACGUUAGUAGUUAUAUCGAUAACAUGAUGUAUGUAUAGCGUGUUGUUUAAAAUUAAUUUCAUUAGAAUAAAUGAAACAUUUCUUUUCUUCGCAGCUUUAAUUUAAAAACGUUUAAUAUUAUAACUAAGAUUAAGAAAAUUUAUAUCAGGUAAUACAUAUGUAUGAUUGUUAAAAGGUAAAUCUUCUUGAGAAAAAUAUUUCGUUAUUGUUCAGUCAACAUUUAAGACAUUUAAGGGUGCGAAGAAAGGAUAGUUUUUUUCUUUAGUGAAAUAAAUUUACAACAAUGUGCAUAAUACAUUCGAUUUAUGAAAUAACGCGGAUACAGCAGAUAUCGAUAUAAUACGUCAAUCGUCAAAUAUGUUGAAAAACAUUAAAUAAGUUUAUAAGAAAAAGAGUUCUAUAUGCGAUAUAUUCGAUAUGCAGGGUAUAUUACGUACUUUUCAUAUUUUUCUGCUGAAUGAACUAAUGAGAGAUUCUUUAUGAAAUUAUUCGUAUUUAAAUACAUAUGUCAAUUUUAAUAGCUUUCCUUAUAGUAAAAUAUGUAAGAUUAUUUUGCAUAUUUAUCUCAUGAGUAUCGUAUAAUGUUUCAUUUAUUUUUAUUGCAACAUUUAAGACAUUUUUGGUAGGCCUCUCAUGAUAUGUAAAUAAUGCAUUAAUGCAAUUUCUAAUUCUUACACAUUCCAUGCAAAAAACUAUUCUAUUGUAAUAUACUUAUCUACUUUACUAACAAAACUUAGCCUAUGUCCGUUUGUUCAAAUCAAUGACUCCAACAGUUCUAUAAGCGAUGUUCGCAAUAUUAUCUUAAAAAUUUCCGUACUUUUAGGUCACACUUAAAAAUCUCUAAAAUAGCGUAGCAAUUUUAAUGUAUUCCCAAAUGUUUAUCACAAACGAAGGUGCAUGUUCAUUUAAAAAAAAUCCAAAUCUCUGCCUUUAGAUAUAAAUAUACAAAUAAUUGUCAUUCGCAAUAAUUGAAAAUUGAUCUUUUUGCUCAAAUGUUAAAAGAAUAUUAUAUAAUAUGAUAAAAAAUUAA